GAUACCAGAGUCUGUGAAGGAAAUGCCAGUGAUUCGCUACAUAGUUAUUUGGCGACAUCAAAUACAACGAACGUGCCCUGUAACUUUACCCUGGAGGAGUAUGCCUGUGCAUCGCUGAAAGACUUCACUGCAGAACACCUGGUGUCUCUUCUGAAAUGUAACCUGCCCGGCAACUCUCUCACUCUAAAGAGACGUGGAAGGUUCUCCUCACCAAACUGACCUCUGUCUUAGACCAAGCUCUGGACAUGUUCUCCAAUAUGUCCAAACCUGUGAUUGGUCCAGCAGUAUCCCAGGUGCUCGAUGUGAUUGGAGAGAUCCGGGUCAACAGGCUGACUGAGGAUCAGCUGAGAGACAGUGAUGUCAUCAGGAAGUGGUUCUCUGGGCGUCUGAGAGUGUUCCUGCCGUCUGCAUCAGGAGUGUUUCUGCACUGCCUCAGCACCAAGAACCUCAGCUGUGACUCGUAUCAACAGAUACUGAGGGAGUUCAGCAAUCAAUUCGACCAAAUGGACCAGAUGAGACAAGAGCUGGUGGUCAAAUACUUCAUCCAGCCCUUCCUGACCAAAAACUCCUCAGUUGGCUGCGUGUCCAACUCUAACAGCAGUGUGGACUGGCUGCAGAAGAACCUGGGGCGGUUUUCAGUCCUGGUGUCCCUCAGCGACCUGUUGAAACUCAACACAGACUUCUCUCCUUUGUCAGCCCUGGAGGUUCUCUCUCCAAAGCAGACAGCAGAGCUGGUGGUGUUGCCUCUUCCUGGUCUUCCAGGGAAAGAUGUCAUCAUCAACACAGUGUUUGACUUCCUGUCUAAGUCACCAAAGGAGAGGAGACUCCCUGAGUUCCUGUACCACCUCAUGAGGCUGUCUGUGGUGACUCCAGUCGGGUGCACGGUCUACCAGACCAUUUUUGUGAGGCUGUACCAAGCCAUGUCAGCGUUGCCUCAACAGAUGGAGCCAAUCAUCUGGGCCAGUGUUUAUGACCUCACAGAAUCUGCACCAAUGGAUUGUUCUCUGGUACCAGUUAACCAACAGUGUCCAGUGUCAUCACACAAUGCAACAAGAGUCUGUGCUGGAGUUGACAGCUCGGCUCUACAACAGCUCUUGGACUCUGGGAUCUCGCCGGGACGUCUAUGUGACUACAGCAUCAAACAAUACGCCUGCUCACAGCUGAAAGACCUCAACGCUGAGAACCUGGUCACACUGCUAAAAUGUAAACUAUCGGAGAACAAUACAGACUCCAAAGAGACCUGGAAGCUGUUCUUCACUAAAGCUUCUGCCGUUCUGGAUCAGGCUCUUGUACUUCUCUCCAACCAGUCCAAGCCUGUGAUUGGCCCAGCAGUAUCCCAGGUGCUGGAUGUGAUUGGAGAGAUCCGGGUCAACAGACUGACUGAGGAUCAGCUGAGAGACAGUGAUGUCAUCAGGAAGUGGUUCUCUGGGCGUCUGAGAGUGUUCCUGCCGUCUGCAUCAGGAGUGUUUCUGCACUGCCUCAGCACCAAGAACCUCAGCUGUGACUCUUACCAAGCUGUGGCGACGGAGUUUGGAGCCCAGUUUGAUCACAUGAACUUAGAGCAGCAGCAGCUGGUUCUGAAGGAGCUGGUCGUCCCCUUCCUGUCUCGACCCACAUCAGUUGGCUGUGUGUCCAACUCUAACAGCAGUGUGGACUGGCUGCAGAAGAACCUGGGGCGGUUUUCAGUCCUGGUGUCCCUCAGCGACCUGUUGAAACUCAACACAGACUUCUCUCCUUUGUCAGCCCUGGAGGUUCUCUCUCCAAAGCAGACAGCAGAGCUGGUGGUGUUGCCUCUUCCUGGUCUUCCAGGGAAAGAUGUCAUCAUCAACACAGUGUUUGACUUCCUGUCUAAGUCACCAAAGGAGAGGAGACUCCCUGAGUUCCUGUACCACCUCUCCAGGCUGUCUGUGGUGACUCCAGUCGGGUGCACGGUCUACCAGACCAUUUUUGUGAGGCUGUACCAAGCCAUGUCAGCGUUGCCUCAACAGAUGGAGCCAAUCAUCUGGGCCAGUGUUUAUGACCUCACAGAAUCUGCACCAAUGGAUUGUUCUCUGGUACCAGUUAACCAACAGUGUCCAGUGUCAUCACACAAUGCAACAAGAGUCUGUGCCGGAGUUGACAGCUCGGCUCUACAACAGCUCUUGGACUCUGGGAUCUCGCCGGGACGUCUAUGUGACUACAGCAUCAAACAAUACGCCUGCUCACAGCUGAAAGACCUCAACACUGAGAACCUGGUCACACUGCUGAAAUGUAAACUAUCGGAGAACAAUACAGACUCCAAAGAGACCUGGAAGCUGUUCUUCACUAAAGCUUCUGCCGUUCUGGAUCAGGCUCUUGUACUUCUCUCCAACCAGUCCAAGCCUGUGAUUGGCCCAGCAGUAUCCCAGGUGCUGGAUGUGAUUGGAGAGAUCCGGGUCAACAGACUGACUGAGGAUCAGCUGAGAGACAGUGAUGUCAUCAGGAAGUGGUUCUCUGGGCGUCUGAGAGUGUUCCUGCCGUCCGCAUCAGGAGGGUUUCUGCACUGCCUCAGCACCAAGAACCUCAGCUGUGACUCUUACCAAGUUGUGGUGACGGAGUUUGGAGCCCAGUUUGAUCACAUGAACUUAGAGCAGCAGCAGCUGGUUCUGAAGGAGCUGGUCGUCCCCUUCCUGUCUCGAACCACAUCAGUUGGCUGUGUGUCCAACUCUAACAGCAGUGUGGACUGGCUGCAGAAGAACCUGGGGCGGUUUUCAGUCCUGGUGUCCCUCAGCGACCUGUUGAAACUCAACACAGACUUCUCUCCAUUGUCAGCCCUGGAGGUUCUCUCUCCAAAGCAGACAGCAGAGCUGGUGGUGUUGCCUCUUCCUGGUCUUCCAGGGAAAGAUGUCAUCAUCAACACAGUGUUUGACUUCCUGUCUAAGUCACCAAAGGAGAGGAGACUCCCUGAGUUCCUGUACCACCUCUCCAGGCUGUCUGUGGUGACUCCAGUCGGGUGCACGGUCUACCAGACCAUUUUUGUGAGGCUGUACCAAGCCAUGUCAGCGUUGCCUCAGCAGAUGGAGCCAAUCAUCUGGGCCAGUGUUUAUGACCUCACAGAAUCUGCACCAAUGGAUUGUUCUCUGGUACCAGUUAACCAACAGUGUCCAGUGUCAUCACACAAUGCAACAAGAGUCUGUGCUGGAGUUGACAGCUCGGCUCUACAACAGCUCUUGGACUCUGGGAUCUCGCCGGGACGUCUAUGUGACUACAGCAUCAAACAAUACGCCUGCUCACAGCUGAAAGACCUCAACGCUGAGAACCUGGUCACACUGCUGAAAUGUAAACUAUCGGAGAACAACACAGACUCCAAAGAGACCUGGGAGCUGUUCUUCACUAAAGCUUCUGCCGUUCUGGAUCAGGCUCUUGUACUUCUCUCCAACCAGUCCAAGCCUGUGAUUGGCCCAGCAGUAUCCCAAGUGCUGGAUGUGAUUGGAGAGAUCCGGGUCAACAGACUGACUGAGGAUCAGCUGAGAGACAGUGAUGUCAUCAGGAAGUGGUUCUCUGGGCGUCUGAGAGUGUUCCUGCCGUCUGCAUCAGGAGGGUUUCUGCACUGCCUCAGCACCAAGAACCUCAGCUGUGACUCUUACCAAGUUGUGGUGACGGAGUUUGGAGCCCAGUUUGAUCACAUGAACCUGGAGCAGCAGCAGCUGGUUCUGAAGGAGCUGGUCGUCCCCUUCCUGUCUCGACCCACAUCAGACUCUGGCUGUGUGUCCAACUCUAACAGCAGUGUGGACUGGCUGCAGAAGAACUUGGGGCCGUUCUCAGUUCUUGUGUUCCUCGGGAACCUGUUGAAGCUCAACCUUGACUUCUCUCCUUUGUCAGCCCUGGAGGUUCUCUCUCCAAAGCAGACAGCAGAGCUGGUGGUGUUGCCUCUUCCUGGGCUUCCAGGGAAAGAUGUCAUCAUCAACACAGUGUUUGACUUCCUGACCGAGUCACCAAAGGAGAGGAGACUCCCUGAGUUCCUGUACCACCUCGCCAGGCUCUCUGAAGAGACGAUGCUACCAUGUGACAGCUUUAAGACCAUCUCUGAGCGUCUGUACCAGGCCUUACCGUCUCCAGAGAUGGAGACAGUUAUUCAGGCCAUUAUAGACAACCUGAUGCAGACCGCUCCAGAAGAUUGCUUGCCGAUGAAUAUGAAGUGUCCAAUAACACCAGCAAACGAUACCAGAGUCUGUGAAGGAAAUGCCAGUGAUUCGCUACAUAGUUAUUUGGCGACAUCAAAUACAACGAACGUGUCCUGUAACUUUACCCUGGAGGAGUAUGCCUGUGCAUCGCUGAAAGACUUCACUGCAGAACACCUGGUGUCUCUUCUGAAAUGUAACCUGCCCGGCAACUCCUCUCACUCUAAAGAGACGUGGAAGGUUCUCCUCACCAAACUGACCUCUGUCUUAGACCAAGCUCUGGACAUGUUCUCCAAUAUGUCCAAACCUGUCAUUGGUCCAGCAGUAUCCCAGGUGCUCGAUGUGAUUGGAGAGAUCCGGGUCAACAGGCUGACUGAGGAUCAGCUGAGAGACAGUGAUGUCAUCAGGAAGUGGUUCUCUGGGCGUCUGAGAGUGUUCCUGCCGUCUGCAUCAGGAGGUUUCUGCACUGCCUCAGCACCAAGAACCUCAGCUGUGACUCUUAUCAACAGAUACUGAGGGAGUUCAGCAAUCAAUUUGACCAAAUGGACCAGAUGAGACAAGAGCUGGUGGUCAAAUACUUCAUCCAGCCCUUCCUGACCA